AUGUCUGCUGUUAGGUUUUCUCAUGUAAGGUUUUUACAUAGUUCAAUCAAGGGUUGUUUCAAUUUCCAAAAUGUUCAAAAUUACCCUAAUAGGGCUUUGAAUCUUGCAAGAGUUUCAAGUUUUUCGGUUGAUUUGUCGACCCGUUGUUAUUCCAAAGGAAAGUUAGAGUCACCUAAGAAGUUUGCUCAGAACCAGUUUGGCAAUUUGGCUUCUGUAUCUGGUGAAAAGGGUUUGAAUUCAGUGUUUGAUUCUAGAUUCUCUAGGGUAUGUUUUCGAAGGAGUGUUGAAUUGUCGAAUGUUUCUUCGAUGAGUCACGUGUUGAGUUCUCGAAUGUAUUCGUCGUCUUUAGGUGGGAAAGGAAGUAGGGACGGUGAAACGGAAGUGGGUGUUAGUGAUAAUGGUGGUGGUGAUUCGGUUGUUUCGGGUGAUUUGGUUGAGAGGGUGAAAGAUACAUGGAAGAGUGUUGCGGAGACUGCUUCUUAUGCCGGGGAAAAGAUUAAAGAAACUUCUGAUGAUCUCACUCCAUAUGUUCAACAGUUGCUUGAUUCGCAUCCUUAUCUUAACAUGGUGGUUGUUCCGGUUGGUGGUACUUUAACUGCUACCAUAAUAGGUUGGUUCUUUUUGCCGAGGAUUUUGAGGAGAUUUCACAAAUAUGGAAUGCAAGGUCCCGUUGCUCUAUUUCAAGGAGGCGUGCUUGGGGAGCCAGUUCCGUAUGAGAAAAGCUUUUGGGGUGCUAUGGAAGACCCAGUGCGAUAUUUAGUUACCUUCUUGGCAUUCUCACAAAUUGCUGUGAUGGUAGCUCCAACAGCUAUAGCCUCACAAUAUCUUGCUCCCACUUGGAGAGGUGCAGUGAUACUUUCAUUUGUAUGGUUUUUGCAUAGAUGGAAAACAAAUGUUUUUGCACGAACUUUGUCCAGUCAAAGUGUACUUGGACUUGAUAGGGAGAAAAUGCUUGCUCUAGACAAAAUUUCAUCUAUUGGUUUAUUUGUGAUUGGUAUAAUGGCUUUGGCUGAGGCUUGUGGUGUGGCUGUGCAAUCUAUUGUAACUGUUGGUGGUGUAGGAGGAGUUGCUACUGCUUUUGCUGCCAGAGACGUACUUGGCAAUGUGUUCAGUGGUUUAUCCAUGCAGUUUUCAAAGCCCUUUUCAAUUGGAGAUACAAUAAAAGUAUGUUGGUUUAGAUGCAAAUCAAUGAUCAUUCCCGGUUUACUUUUUAUGGGAAAUAUGAUUUUCUGA